CUUCUGGUUGAGUAAAAGAAGGUGUAACAAUUUAAAAAUCAAAAUCAAAGUGUUGUAUCUAAUUAGAAGACGUGAUUAAAUUGGUUAAUUCUUUUAAAGCCAGUUUGAGCUUUAGCAAAGAUGAAGCUUCUCUGCUCUAACUUUCUCUUGUCCAGAAACGUGGUAUAUCUUUUUAAUUCUAUAACAUUACUAUGCUUUAAUUAUUUAUUGGUGGUGGAUGUUCUGAAAUUGAAUUCCCAAAUGAUUUUUUACUUUCUUCAGUUUCGAAGUUCUUUCAUAUGGGAAAUUGCUAAUUUAGCUGAUGUAUGUUGGUGGAACUUUUUUAAGUUGUUUAAUGCAAGAACUUGUCUAAUGAAAUAUGGAAAUUCAAGUUGAGAAUAAGAAAUUGAACACUUGGUUUGGUGGGUUUUACACGUUUUCAUGUCUACUAAAAGAAAGAUGAUUAUUAUGGUAGUCUUUCAAUAAUAAUUAAGAAAGUGGUUAGUUCAAGUCUUGUACUUUCUGGGGUUCUUAGUGCUAUCUUUUUAGUAAAAUUUGGUGUCCAUGAAAUCUUGGGGGUGCAGAAAGCAAAAAUGUUUACAUUUUGGGAAUAUGAUAUGAAAUCUUUCACACAUUGUACUCUGUAGUAAUGUGAAUAGACCAACAUUUUCUCAGUCCAAUUUGACCAACCAUGUCCAUGUCUACAAGAAUUUUAUCAGUAUUUAAAUGCUCAAGAAAUGGAUCUGAAACCAUUAGAAAACGAAGCAAGAUCCUAAACCCAGUGUCUCCUUUGUACUCCUAGAAGCAUUAGACCCCGUCACUAGCCGUCUAGCAUUGUUUUCGGACCCUGGUGUUAAUAAUCUGGAGAAAAGCAAUUGUCAUGGAGAAGAAUGGUAGUGGUGAUCACAAUCUGGCAACAGUUUCAGCACGUGUUGGGCCGUUGAUGGACUCAGUGGUGAAGGUGUUCUGUGUUCAUACAAAGCCGAAUUUCUCUCUUCCGUGGCAGAGGAAAAGGCAGCAUAGAUCCUCCAGUACUGGGUUUGUCAUUGCAGGGAGGAGGAUUUUGACAAAUGCUCAUUCAGUGGAAUACUAUACUCAGGUUAAGCUAAAAAAGCGGGGGUCUGAUACCAAGUACUUGGCGACUGUUCUCGCCAUUGGGGCUGAGUGCGAUAUUGCUUUGCUUACUGUCAAAGAUGAUGAGUUCUGGGAAGGCGUUUCACCAGCGGAGUUUGGUGAAUUGCCGGCCCUUCAAGACGCCGUGACUGUUGUGGGUUACCCAAUAGGAGGAGAUACUAUCUCCGUGACUAGUGGAGUUGUCUCACGUAUGGAGAUCCUUUCUUACGUUCAUGGAUGGACUGAGCUACUAGGAUUGCAGGUAGAUGCUGCCAUAAAUUCUGGAAAUUCUGGUGGUCCAGCCUUCAAUGACAAAGGCAAUUGUGUGGGCAUUGCAUUUCAGUCAAUGAAGCAUGAAGAUGCCGAAAAUAUUGGUUAUGUUAUUCCUACACCUGUCAUCAUACACUUUAUUCAAGAUUAUGAGAGAAAUGGAGCAUAUACUGGGUUCCCAAUCAUUGGAUUUGAGUGGCAAAAAAUGGAGAAUCCCGACUUACGUAUGGCAAUGGGAAUGAAAUCUGAUCAAAAAGGUAUACUUGUUACACGAGUUGAAGCUACUGCUCCUGAAGCUGUGGUUUUGCAGCCAUCAGAUGUUAUUUUGAGUUUUGAUGGGGUUGGUAUUGGAAAUGAUGGAACAGUUCCUUUCAGGCAUGGAGAGCGUAUAGGUUUCAAUUACCUUAUUUCCAAGAAAUAUACUGGGGAUCACGCAAAAAUUAAGUUACUUCGUGAUUCAGUGAUGCAUGAAUUCGACAUUAAACUUGACCCGUACAAGAAGCUCAUUCCAGCGUGUAUUAAGGAUGGACCUCCAUCAUAUUACAUAUUUGCAGGAUUUGUUUUUACAGCUGUCUCAGUCCCAUAUCUUUUUUCAGAGUAUUCAGACGAGAGUGAUGUACCUGUCGAGUUACUGCACAAACUUCACCAUUCAAUGGCAGAUUCAAAAGAUGAAGAGCUUCUUAUUAUAUCUCAGGUUCUUGUGGCUGACAUCAACAUCGGAUAUGAAAAUAUUACUAAUGUUCAGGUUACUGCUGUCAAUGGUAAGCCAGUGAAGAACCUAAAAAGCUUCACCAGUAUGGUGGAAUCCUGCAGCGAAGAAUAUUUGAAGUUUGAUCUGGAGUUCAAUAAGGUCGUCCUUCGGACAGAGACUGCUAAAGCUGCUACUGCAGAUAUCUUGGCGACACACUGCAUUCCUUCUGCAAUGUCUGAUGAUCUUAAAACAUCAUCUGAAGUUUGAAGCUCCGCUUCCGUUAAUAGAUGUUUGUGCAGCUGUAUGCUUUUCACCUGUUUACCAUGUACCAAUUUAAACCCUAUCACGUGUAUAUUACAUAAUAGUGUGUAUGUCAUCUGUUUACAGUCCACCAGCAUAUAAUUCUUCACAAAUGUAAAGGUCAAAUAUAUGGUAUGGCCUACUGUAUAUGCAAUUGAUAAACAAGUGCCCAUUAUAGCUUAUAGCACCCCAUAGAUUCAUUGUAUUAAUAGGGAGAACUAGGACACAUACAAAGGUUUCUUAGGCAAUGUACGAUAGGAUGAUCAUUGAUCAAUGUGAUGUAUGGAAAUUGGUUACAAGAGAAAACUUAGUAAAAAGGAGUGAUUGGCCGUGUCACUUUUGUAAUUGGUAUUCUCGGCUCAAAGUUAAGUACACGAAACGAAGGAAACCGUUGAUAAUAAUAAUUCUAACUAUGGUCAUCGUGCUAUUAUAAGUCAUGACUGUUAAAUGUUU